GCGUCUCCUGACAAGUUACACGAGUUCUCUUCGAACUGUUUACCAGCGGCGUGCGGUCUUCGAACCCAGUAUUCCCCUUGCGAAUCAAAACAAUACAGAAAUCAUAAAGGAGUGUGCUUAAGAAAGAAACAUGUCGGAUUUCUCAUCGCUCGGCCUGUCGGAUUGGUUGAUUCAACAGUGUAAACAAAUGGGCAUUACAAAACCAACUCCAGUCCAGGAGAGCUGUGUUCCAGCCAUUCUAGACGGUCGUGACUGUAUGGGCUGCGCCAAGACUGGAAGCGGAAAGACCGCUGCUUUUGUACUGCCAGUUUUACAGAAGCUAGCAGAGGAUCCUUACGGAAUCUUCUGUUUGGUGCUGACACCUACCAGGGAACUGGCGUAUCAGAUCGCGGAGCAGUUCAGGGUCCUGGGAAAACCCAUGGGCCUACGGGACUGCAUCGUUGUUGGUGGAAUGGAUAUGGUAACUCAGGCCCUGGCACUCUCCAAGAAGCCCCAUGUUGUAGUUGCAACGCCGGGAAGACUUGCAGAUCACAUCCGCAGCUCCAACACCUUCAGCAUGAAAAAAAUCAAAUUUUUGAUUUUAGACGAAGCGGACCGUCUCCUUGAGCAGGGGUGCACAGACUUCACAAAAGACCUGGAGGUCAUCCUGAGUGCUGUUCCUGCCUCCAGGCAAACUCUGCUGUUCAGCGCCACGCUCACCGACACACUACAGGAGCUGAAGAGCAUCGCCAUGAACAGACCCUUCUUCUGGGAGAGCAAGUCAGAGGUACGCACUGUGGAUGAGCUGGACCAAAGAUAUAUCCUCACCCCUGAAAAAGUAAAGGAUGCCUAUCUGGUUCAUCUGAUUCAGAAGUUCCAGGACGAGCAUGAGGACUGGUCCAUCAUGAUCUUCACCAACACCUGCAAGAAUUGCCAAAUUCUUACGAUGAUGCUACGCGAAUUUGAUUUCCCGGCCAUCUCCCUUCACUCGAUGAUGAAGCAGAAACAACGUUUUUCGAACCUUGCCAAGUUCAAGUCGAGUGUCUUUAAGAUUCUGAUUGCAACAGAUGUCGCUGCGAGGGGUCUAGACAUCCCAACGGUCCAGGUUGUGAUCAACCAUAACACACCAGGCUUGCCGAAGAUAUACAUUCACAGAGUUGGUCGAACUGCCAGAGCAGGACGUCAUGGUGUUUCCAUCACUCUUGUGACACAGUAUGAUAUCCACCUGGUCCAUUCCAUUGAGGAAAAUAACCAAGCCAAACUGAAGGAGCAUCCAGUGGAGGAGAGCGAAGUUCUGAAGAUCCUCACUCAAGUCAAUGUGACCAGACGGGAGUGUGAAAUCAAACUCGAGUCAACAGAUUUUGAUGAGAAGAAAGAAAUUAACAAAAGAAAACAGAUGAUUUUGGAAGGGAAGGACCCUGACCUGGAGCAGAAGAGGAAAGUGGAACUGGAGCGUAUCCGGAGCGAGAAGAGGAAGUUUAAGGAGCGGAUUCAGGAGAGCAUCCAGAGGAAGCAGGAUGUGAAACUCAGGAAAAGACUGCAGAAGAAGAAACACACUCAACGGAGAAAAGCAGAGAACACCACGACCUGAGAGCCGGUGCUGCUGAAUUAGUACAAUGAACUCUCUUUAGCGGUUUGUUUUUUCGAAGAGUAUCAAUGGGAACACUCUGAUUCAUAUAUAAUUAAUUGCUUGGUGUACUGGAAUACUGGUGGAGCACAUGAAGUGGCUUUGUAUAAUUACAUCAUGUUAGGCUGUUAUUAAAUUAUACUGAGUUUCUACAA